AUGGCAGCAGCAUCCUACCCUUCCAACAUUACCAUCCGAACCGCUUGUCUCCAAUCGGAUACGUUUGCGGGAUUCCAGGGAGAGCUAUUGGAUCAACUUGUGUUGUUUGCCAAGGAAGAUAAUGUGACUCUUCACUUUGACAAGACGCAAAUACCCGAGUUGCACUCGGACAGCUUGGCGUUGAUUGCGCCAGAGUGUCGUCCCGGAGAAUCUGCUUUUGUAGAUGAUACCGAGUACAGUUGUGACGAUUUUGAUAUGAUUGUGGGCGAUUAUUGGACCAGUCCAAUACGGUAUACACGGGUGGAUUUCACACCUCCAUGGCUGACCACUUCCAUUGCCGCCCUCAAGUUUACCGACGAGACCAAGUCUCCCAAUCUCGAUGUUACCACCCUUGAUGAGGCCCAAGCCAAAGGAGCCGGGGACAGUACUAGUGACACAAGCUCGGCUACUAGUACCACCACCUGUGUCCACAUGCUCAAGGCCGAAGAAUGCGCCCUGUGGGUCUCCGAUGAGCUCGUCCUGGGACGAGAGCAAUCCGAUGAUCCAUCCCUCGAGUUUACUGGAGAGUACCUGCAGAGACAGCUCUUGGCAUGGCCCGUUCGCAAGAGUCUCGACCCGACCAUUGCCUUCCUUCUCAACAAGUGGAUGUAUGCUGCCAACAGCAACCAAACCAUUAUGGAACUAUACGAUCGAUACUUUCAAAAAAAGUCCUGUCCCAUUGGAAGGGCGGGCAAGAAUUGCGAGCUCCCAUGUGUGCACGGCAUUGCCAAUGCGGCUGGAAAGUGUGUCUGCGAGUCCACCCGAUUCAUUGGAGACGACUGCAACACAGAAGUGCCCGAAGAGUUGAACAUGAUAUCACCCGCCAUUCUGGGGAUAUCCUAUGCCAUGUAUUGCGUUAACCUAUUGGUCGUUCUCCUGUGUGCGAUUUGGCUCUUUUCACAACGAAAGAGUCCUCAGGUACAAGUGUCUAGUCCCUUCUUCUUGGGACUAGUGCUAUUGGGAACUCUGAUUUCUUCCUCCACGAUUGUAGCCAUGGCGCAAGAAGAUGAAGGGGAUGGUCCUGUGCCGGCCUGCAUGGCUAUUCCAUGGUUGUAUUCCGUCGGGUUCUCGGUGACCUUUGGAGCGUUGUUUGGAAAGGUCUACAGAGUGUAUCAGAUCUUCACCCAAGAAAUCUUCAUCACGGGACGUCGACGAAAUGCAACUACGCCAGUCUUUGACUCUUUAAAGUAUAUUGCAGGGGUUCUGCUCCUUGACAUUAUCAUUUUGAUCCUUUGGACAGUGCUGGACCCACUAGAGUGGACACGCAUGACAAUCCGCGAAGAUCUCUUUGGCCAACCUCUGGAAUCACAAGGGUACUGCACGUCUGACACUUGGAUGCUAUUCGCAUCUCUCAUCGGAGCGCUUCACUUGGGGCUGAUGGCAGUCGCUUCGUACAUGUGCUUCUGUGCGAGGAAAAUCCCGACACGAUAUAGCGAGCACAAGUACCUCUCUAUUGCAAUCAUAUCUAACCUUCAGAUAUUUGUGAUUGGCGUCCCAGUCCUGUUCCUUGUUGCCGACGACCCAAGUUCAAAGCUUUUUGUCCGCAGUGUGGUUGUCUGGAUGAAUGACAUUGUCGUUCUGUCGUUGAUAUUUGGCAACAUGAUGUACUCUGUGUACACGACCGCAAAGAAUGGCGGUGGUAGCACUGACGGCAGCAAAGCCGAGAUUGGAUUGGCAGUGCGUCGCUAUUCAUCGGGUCGGUCGCCCAGCAUUGCAAGCAGGGGGAUUCCUCAGAAUUCCCCGAAGAAUGCAGAUCCCGCGGCUGAAUCGAGCAUCACAGACGCUAGCAUUGCUAAGUCGAAACCAGCAGACAACAAUCCGCAGACAAUGCCACCAAAAAGCCCGAGACCGCCGCGAAUAUCAUCCUUGUCACUGGAAUCAGAAUCAGCGCAUGCUGGGUCUGAUGGGCCCCCAACAUUGCCACAACCGGAGCCACCAAAGAAACGGUCUGUGUCGUUCUCUGACAACGUCACUGUUUCGGAGAUCCCCAUGUCCGAAUACGAAUACGAAGAAGAUGAUGGUUCCCAGAGGUUUGCCACGAAAGUUAUCCAAGGGGCGCCACUCAAGCCAAGGCGUCCGUCCUCCGAUGAAACUCCAAUACAGUCAAGCCAACAAUUGAAUGCUGUGCAACUUUUGACCAACGUAUCAGAGUUAUCGUUUGGCAGCCCGCCAAACAGUUCUCAUAGACGACGUCACUCCUUCGACUCACCACAGCCCUUCGAAAUGGAUGUGUCGCGCGACCAGGACGAGCCCGAUUCGCCUUCAGACCGCCCAUGGAACACUGGCCCGGUGCAGAAUUCGCCGUUCAAACCUAGGAGACGCACUCUGGAAGAUUUUACAAUGCUGCAACCCACAAGGCAGCCAUCCGAGUACUUCGAAGACAGCGAAAGUACGUGCGGGGAUGAAAUCGCACGGAAAGCAAACAAACAACAACUGUAUAUACCCAAUAUGCCGCUGGCCACUCCUCCCUCCCUACUUCAUACAACAGCAGCGGUCGAUUUUGAGAAGCGAAAAUCUCCAUUGGCUGUCGCCACUGAUUCCAAAUUCCCUCUUGCAAGUAUCCAGAGUUCUGGACAAGCUUCCAGCCAAGUCGCAGUUUCCUUGGGCACGGCAUCGGAGACGUCUCAGACCGACAGCAGGUCAGAAAACUUUCCGAGGCAACCAAUAAGGUUGGUGUCAAUCGCUGAAUUAGCUUCCGACUGCAGCAGCGUCGACACAAUGGAAGAACCGAAGCUGGUAGCAGCACAAAGUGGGGGCACCAAGGGGGGUGCUAGCGGUUGUGAUCGAGUUCAAGGGGCGCCCACUAAACCCGAGCGGGAAAUUUCAUCCACAGAUUUAGAGUCAGGCGAAAGCAGCGACGAUGACACGGUCAAAUCCCAAGAACCUCCACAAUCAAGAGUGUGGAGCAAAGGGGCCGUGGUGACAUUGACGCCACCUAGUUGGGGCACCCCCAACAAGCCGACAAGUUCAUUUUCGACAGAUUCAAUCGCAAGCAAAGACUACCACUGGAUGGAGGCACCUGCACUCGCCAGGGAUACAAGCAAGGACUCUAGAGUUAGCACUUGCUCAGAGCAAGUCCAGGGCGCCCCCACCAAACCGCUGAGGUUUGUCUCGUCUACGGACUUGGACUUGGAGUCCGUAGGCUCUAACUCUGAAGAUAGUGAACAGAAGGUAUCAGCACAACCGCAGUUAGCCAGGGAAUGCAGCCGUGGUUCGAGAAGUACAGAGAGUGGCGGAAGCUCAGAGCAAGCCCCAACCAAACCGUUGAGAAUUGAAUCGUCUUUUGAGGUAGAGUCGACUGCAAGGACGAUGGAUGACUCUAGCACAACAGAUUCUGAUAGACGACAACUACGCAAGCUAAAGUUCAAGGAUACUGUAAAUAAAUGA